GAGCGUUCAGUAUAGGUUAAAGAGAGAAAGUAGUGUUAUCACAAUUUGGGCAAUUUAGGCGCAAAGCGAUUAUAGAAUUCAGAGUUGAUGGAAAAUCGCUUAAAUUCUUAUUGCUUCAGUUAGCUUAAAAAGUAAAACUAAAUGCUUAAAAGCAAAAUGUUUUCAUAGGUUUUAUUAACAAUUUCAUAUACCCGUAUAUUUAACGAAAUGUUUUUGUAAGCAAAAAUUGCACAAAAGCGUUAGAGCCUUGCGUCCAACUCUUCAUAUAAUUCUUAAAAUAGCAAUAUAAACUUAAUAAUAAUUUAUCAAUUAAAUUUCCAACUUAUGCUUUUAAGAACUAUUUAUUAAUAUGAGCAAAAAUGCACCCUGUUCGGCCAGUGAAAAUUAAUAACAGUUAUGAAUCGGAACCAUCAUCUGGAAGCGGGUCUUCGUUAAGUGAACCCAAUGAUUAUUGCAACUCAUUUGCUAUUGAUGCUAUUAAUUUCCAGCAAAUACUUAAACCGCCGUCUUACAGCAACGAAGUUACAGUUAUAACAACAGAAAACCCAAGUUCGUCGAAUAGUUGCAAGUCAUACGAAGAGAAAACGUGUUUACAAUAUGAAAAGCAAUCCAGUUAUAUAUCUACUAUAUACUCUGGCGAGGAAUCACCAUUCAAAGGAUUUGACGAUAGUACAUAUGGCAAGAAAAAAGUGGAUUUUUGCGCAUUUAAUUCAAAAAAGUUGGACAUAAUUCAAGAAGGUAUAUCGAAAGGAAGAUCACUAUUACCAAAUUUUUUUGACACGCUUAUUGAAGAAAAUAGCUGCAAUGCAGUGGACAUGCAAUUACCUAAUGAAAACAUUUCGCAAAAUAGUUAUUUCCCAAGAAAUGAUAGUAUUGAUAUGGAGAAGAAAAUAUCUCAAUCAAGUGAUACAAAUUUAUCUUCUGAGUUAUCUUUUAAUGGAAAAAUUAAAAACUUAACAGCAAACAUAGUAACUCUGGAUGAUGUAGAAAACCAACUGCCACAAAGAAAAACAGACCACACUCCGUCAUUACCAAGAUUAGAAACACCUGUAAUAUCCUCGCAACAUAAUCAAUCUUUUAUAUUAAAAAAAUAUAGCAACGAAAAAUCACCGGACUUAUUUGGUGAAGAUGAUGAUGAUGAUGAUGAUGAUUCCAAUACCAGUGUAGAUAAUAGUGAUGAGCAAUCAUUUAAAGAUAAUAGUCUGGAAUUAAGUAAAGUUGAAAGUCUGACGAAUAAUAAAUCUAAUGCAAUUUCAUUUACGGAAGAAAUAGAAACAAAAUAUGAAAUAGAUACAAGCAUAAAUAAAUCUUUGAACUGCCCAACAGAGUCGAGUUUUGCCGAUGAUACAAUUUUCGAUGAGACUACACAAAAUGGUAAUGAUGCACAAACUAUGUUUCAUAAUAAUUGUAAGCGUGAAAGAGAACUACUUAAACGUACGCGUAAGAGUCUUGCAGGUCUGCCACCUCCACCGUCUCUUACAAUACCACAAUUGGAUCUAUUUACAGCUGUGCUAAAUAAUAAAAAGAACAUUUUAAACUUUUUUAAAUCGCCAAUAGCAGAAGAAAGCGAUUCCAAUUCAGUAAAUAGUCUUUUGAAACCAACACAUACAUUAGAAGCAGCUAAAUCAAUUACUUGGAGAGAUAUUUUAGGUGUAAGAUAUCAUGGCUUAUGUUAUAACUUAAAUAAAUCAUCUGAAAGUAAUGAAUAUUUAAGUUUGGCAGUUAUUGAACGUUAUAUUGGAGCAGAAACUAAGUCAUCGUUCAGAAAUUCACCGUCAAGCGCUAAAAAACGUAAUUUGCGCAUGAAAUUAUUGCCACAAUCACCAGGCAAUCGACUUAGUCAUUUAGCAAAAAGGAGAGCGAUAUUUUCAUCAGCUAAUCUAGCAACAACUUCACAAAAAUCAAACACUUCUCUGGGACCACAAAUAGUAAUAAAUAAAGAUAAACAUAAAAAAAGACGAAAGGCAACUCCUAAACGUAUGACAAUCAAUAACACAUAUCGAAAAACACCUACUUCUUCAGCUCGCAAACGCUUAUACCAUGAUCUCAUGAAACCAGUACCAUCACGUGAAACUUCGAAAAGAGCACUAUUUCAAAGUCCUGCCAAAAAAUCUGUACCUAAAAAUAUUAUACAAAAACUGCCAAUAAAACCUGAAAUUGCAAAUCGCGUGGAGAAAUCUAAACGUGCGCUCUUUUCUCCAGAAACGUCAGGAAAAUCCUCUGUAAGUGAUCAAAGUGAUAUUUUCAAAUCUUUACCUUGCAAAAACACGCAAUUUGAAUCGGUACUUAAACGUAAACGCAUUGAAGAUGAUGAUAAUGAUGCUGUCGAUGCAAUGGAAUUUUCAACUCAAAGAAAUAAACAGUUUCGCAGUAGUGCUGAAAAUUUAACACCGCGUGCUUUGAAAAUUAAAAGUCAGAGUUUUUGUAUUGGAGCUGGUUCCUCCUUUACCUCUUCAACCGCUACAACUACAUUUAACAGCACUUCACUGACAGAAAGUGAGAAAACCGGCUUAUCCAAUAACUCUAGUCGUAUUUGUUUAGCAACAAAUUCAAAAAUACAACGAGCUCAUUCUGAUAUGGUAAUGCCAAGUAACUCCCUUACAGAAAACCAACGAAAGAAAUUGCUUUGGGCUGUUUCACAAGCACUGCAAGAGAAGAAAAUUACUGCUCAACAUACAAGCUUCAAACAAUUUGCUUCAGUUUUAGCUAGGGUUGUAAGAAGGAUUUUCCAAGAAUUCUAUCAGAAGAGCAGUACGAGCAAUAGCGAAACAAUGUUACGAUUGGCUAAGAAAUAUGUUUAUAAUGUUGUAUCUGGUAAAACUGCGGACGAUAUUUAUUUUCACGCUAAAGCGCAAAUUGAUGAUAAUAAACGACUCUCUUGUAGUCGUCUUUCUGGAUAUAUACCACCAGACGAGUAUCAGCAACGUAAGAACUGUCAACAGAGCCAGCAUGGUUCAUUGCAAAAUCUAUUCAGUACAGAGACUUCAAUAGAUUCAUUUAGCUUUAGUCACACUUCGUCUGGUUUUUAUGAACACUCUACUUCACAAUCCAAUCUUUUAGAGAUUAUACCUCAAGACGAUAUAAAUUAUUCACAAAAUUCAGUUGGAUCGAGCAAGCUUUCUUCGCAAAUAUCGCAAUCGAAUUCUGCUUUACCAAAUAGUUCAUCCAAAAAUAAUCUUGGUGGCUUGGCAUUGCGGGAAAACGUUGAUUGUGAACUACGUAGGUCAGCACAGAAAAACUUCACAGGUAAGGAUCAAAGAAAUGUAAGUCCCUAUGCAGACUCAAAUUCUAAUACAAAUGUACGUGUCGGUUCUGGUCUUAAAACGCAAUCGCAAUUAGUGUCUGAAUUCAAUGCGAAUUGCGCUAAAGCCAAACGUCAAAUUAAUUUUUAAUUAAUAUAAAUUCUACAUUUAAUUCAAUAUUUUUAAUCCAAUUUUCUAAAAAGAAGUUGAAUUGUAAUUAUGAAACAAGCGCAACUUUUAACCACAUUAAAUGUAGUUAUAAGAGCAGAACUAAUGUUGAAACUGGAAGACAUAAAAAGUUUGGGUUGUAUUUUUAAUAGUCUGAUUCAGCUCAUAAUUUUAAUAGAAUUCUUUUUUAAUUUUUUUUUUUGUGUAAUUUUA